AUGACCUCGGUAUCGCUUCCAGCAUCUGCACCGUUCCCAGUGACCGUGACGGCGAUUGCCUGUCGACCUGGCGAAACCGUGUCUCGAUAUGCUGUUUUGCUCAAGUAUAGAUACUGGGAUUACCAGGAGGACCCCAACUCGAAAGAAGAAAAUCCACCAAAAAUCCGUGUGGAGAGAAUCGGUCUGUUUGAGAGCCCUAUAGAGGGCGAAAUCACCCUGAUGGAUGUUAAUGUGGGCGAGGAAAUCACCCACAGCGGCAUAGAAGUGUGCUCUAUUCGGGAGCCUUGCACCCACGACGUGCAAUACGGUGGUUUGUGUGCUCUCUGUGGAAAAGCCGUGGAGGACGAGAAGGGCUACACUGGAUACAAUUACGAAGAUAGGGCCACGAUAGCCAUGUCCCACGAUAACACGGGGCUUCGUAUCAGUUACGAUGAGGCGACCAAGAUCGAACAUAACGCGACUGAGCGGUUGGCCAAGGAAAAGAAGCUUAUUUUGGUGGUUGAUCUUGACCAGACAGUCAUCCACGCUACGGUGGACCCCACGGUGGGCGAAUGGCAAAAAGAUCCUCAGAAUCCAAACUACCCCUUUGUCAAGGACGUGCAGUCGUUCUGCCUUGAAGAAGAGCCAAUUGUGCCUCCAGGCUGGAUGGGCCCCAGACCAGGACCCACGAAAUGCUGGUACUACGUCAAGUUGCGUCCUGGACUCAAGGAGUUUUUGGCGAACGUUGCUGAACGCUACGAGCUUCAUAUCUACACAAUGGCCACGAGGAACUACGCUUUAGCCAUUGCCAACAUCAUCGACCCCAAGGGCAUCUACUUUGGUGAUCGCAUUUUGAGUCGUGACGAGAGCGGCUCAUUAACGCACAAAAACCUCAAACGACUUUUCCCUGUUGAUCAGCUGAUGGUGGUGAUUAUUGACGAUAGAGGCGAUGUAUGGCAAUGGGACCCCAAUCUUAUCAAGGUCGUUCCGUACGAUUUCUUCGUUGGCAUUGGCGAUAUCAACUCCAGCUUUUUGCCCAAGAAAAAUGGCCAACUCGUGGGUCCUACAAAAAACAGAAAGAGCCUUGCUCGACUCGAAGAGGCCAUGGGCGACGACAAGAAAGACGAAAAACCGGCCGAAAUCGACGAUCGCCUCCAGAACUCAACACAAGACAGUGAAAUGGAUGACGGCAGUGACAGCGAACCAGGAAGCAGCCAGUCAAAGGCAGAAGAAGAAGACCAACCCACAGAUCUUGGCAAAAAUGGUCUGGAAAGCUCUGCCACGCCAAACUCAAGAUCCUCAUCGCCAGACGAAACCGGCGACUCAGACUCUCAUGAUUCAGAUUCGGAGAGCUCGUCACCAGUGGAUCGUCUAGUUGAACUAGGUGGAGGUGAGAACAACAAAAAUUUGCUUCUCGAACAGCUGAUAUCACGUACACAAAACCUUGAACAACAACAACACGACAGGCCAUUGGCGAAACUUCAAGACAAAAUGGACAAAAUAGCACACGAUCACGAGGACAGCUCUGAACCCGAUAAGGAGGAGGAGGAAGAACACAUUUUGUACGACGACGACGCCGAACUUAUCACCCUCGAAAAAGCAUUGGACUAUAUCCACGAGCAAUACUUCAAAGCAUACGAUAGCUUUCAAAAAAAUGAAGCACUCGGUCGCCCUGAUCUUACCACGAUAAUACCGCGGCUCAAACUCGACUGCUUGAAUGGAGUGGUUGUCUUACUUUCAGGCAUUCUACCGUUGGGCAUGAACAUGAACAACGCUGAUAUAGUCAUCUGGUGUCGCCAAUUCGGAAUGAAGGUUGUGAACGAAGUGUUGCCAGAAAUAACUCACGUUGUUUGUCGUGACCCCAAUGCCUCAUACAUGAAGACCGGACUCACACUAAAAGUCCGAAUUGCUAAAAAAACCGUUCCCGGAGUUAAAGUGGUCAACCCAGAUUGGCUCUUUGCAUGCCUCAGCCUGUGGAAGCCUGUGGCUGAGAGUGACUACUUGAUAGAGCUUCCCGAACAGGAUUGGUAUGUUUCAGAGAACGAUGUCACGAAAUACCAGACAGCAUUAGGGUCACAACAGGAAAGAGAUCAGGCUCGCAGCGCCGCAGCCGAUUCGAGACCACGCCAGGGGUCGUUAUCUUCGAUUGAUGACUACGAUUUCAACGAGGCUGACGCGGAAGUUGAUGAUUUCUUGGCUGGAAUCAGUGAUGAUGAUGAAGAAGGGGACGACUUCGAGGCUGAGGGGGACGAAAGUCUGGGCGGCAUGGAAGCAGCCAACAACGGCGGCAAUGGCGCAGGUAUGUCUUUCGUAAAAAGUCUCUAUUCGAACAAGCGCAAGGCGCCAGAGGACAAUGAGAGUGAUAACGAAGACGCAAGUGAUAACUAUAGUAACGGUGAUCACAAAAAACGCAAGACGGAAGAGGACGGUGACAAUAUCGACGAGCUUGAAAAAGAGCUUUUGGACGAACUCGAUAAUCUUGAUGAUUAG